AUGGACGAGAGUGACCAACAGCGGUCCCUCUCUGCCAUUACGGACACUCCGACGUCUACGGAGCGAUGUCGCACCUACCAUGACGGCAAGGAUAAGGGUCUUGUUUCAACGGAUCAUGACCCGAAGCCAAAAGUCCAAAACCAGACUCUGAUUGGGUUGCCGGGUCCUCGGCGCAUCAUCGACUCGUCCCUGGAUGCGACCUUGUGUUUGACGUCCCGCCGUCAUGGCUCCGUCAAGCCCCAAACGCUCACAACCCUUUCUUCUGGUCUAUCUCUUGAUUUCGCAAGACUCCCAGCCGAUCCUUCGUCUCCUAGGGCCAUCCUAACUCGAAUUGACUGCGCCAUGACACUGCUGUACGUUCGGGCAGUUGUGCCUUUCGAGGCCGGGGCCAAUUCUACGGACGUGCUGAUCAACGAGGUUCAUUUCAACCGCACGGCGCUCGACCUCUACCAUUACACGCUCUAUAGCAACGGAACGCUCUCCAAUGGCACGGACUGCUAUCUUGCUUUCAACCAUUACAAACCACGGAUGCAGGCUGAGAACGGGACUUUCAUCAAAGGCGUCUCCUGCUACGCGCCUAUUCGAGACCUGGGGCCCCAUGCAGCUGCCGGGCUGGCCUUCGCUUUCAUGUUCUGCAUAUCCAUCUUCUUCACGCUGAUCAAUCUGCGCAAACACGGUCGACGAUAUUUGCCAAGCGAUCGGCGAUGGCGGCUUAUCGGCCGUCGAGCUCAGUGGAUUUGGAUGCUUGUCCUCGGUGGUUGUGGAGCGAUUAGCUGCUUCAUGAGCAUUGAUGUCGAUCGGGACUAUGUCGUGAACAGCCCCUUGAUCUUGCAAAGUGUCUUCUACACUAUUCUCACGCCGGUCAUGAUGGCCGUGGUGUGGGAGGCUGUUCGGCAUUGGGGCUCAUGGCAGGAGCGACAAAUCAUGGACCGAGAUCCUCAUGCAUUCCGAAAGUCCAGUACCCGACAAGGCCAAGAAUUCGUGCUGCCCAUCAUGUUCUAUGGGCUAGCCCUGGCGAAUUUCUUUUUGACCAUUCCGCGCUCUUGGGGACCAAUUGAAAUGCAGCGAAGUUUAGAGCAACAGAUGGCGGAUGCUAAGCCGGCAGCGACGGACAUCCGUUGGCGCGUUGCCGGCUUCUUGGCUAUGGGCGGCGUCCUUGUCAUCUGCUAUAGCCUGGAGCACAGCAUAUAUCGCUAUCGCCCACGCCCCACGAGCACCUGGGGCCAGCUCAUGUUCUACCUGAACGCAGCUCCGUCGCAAUUCCUCGUGGCCAUCGUGCUCCUGGGAAUCAAGAUCGGCUAUGCGAUUGCGUCCGCCUUCGACUGGACGGUCUCGCCCUUGAAGUACGGUGUCAGCUCGGGCUGGAUCUUCGGUCUGGGAUAUACACCCCCGCUUCUCCUACUCGUAAUUUUCAAUAUUUGUGGCCACUGUGAGCUCAAUGACGACCAGGCCCUGAUUGCUCGUCGCGGUGAUCUGCAUAACGCUCUCGCGGAUGACAUGGGAGUCGGUCAGAAGAAGCCCACUUGGUGGAGCAAGGGUCGAUCGUUUGUUCGAGAGAUCAGGCGACAGUCCACUCAGCAAGAUACGGAAGACUUGGAGCAAUAUGUUGAAAUGGGGAUCAUCAGGCCAGAGGAACAGCAGCAAGCCAGCGAAGACCAUUCUACCAAACCGAAGCCGGAAACCCAGGUCACGACUCGCACGGCCAGUCAAGGCAGCGAAGCAACGAGUGUGGCUGCGGUAGAUAGUGGGUCGGACGCUGCUUCUCGCCAUGUGGAAUAUGUGACGCAGUCGGGGGAUCUAUCGCGGUGCUCGUCGGACGACCCGACAGCGGUGCAUCCCCCUCCGCAGGGAGCAAGAGACAUGAUCGAUGGGUAGACGAGGGAGGAGUUACUAAGGUAGAUGUGUAAAGUUUGGAAUAGCCAAUCGUGAAAUCAAACAAGAUUGCUGUAGCUUUGAGUGAUGACUCCGUGGUCUUCUCUGACUCAACUGU